AUUCAAAUUUAAUGAGGUGUAAUGUGGAUCUUUCCAUCUUGUAUAGAGGGCCUCAGAAUGUGGUACAGUUCUCUUUGGUGGUACGCGAAAGAAUAACUACCUAAAUACAGUUUAGUAGUACAGUAAGUACCUUAUUAGUACAUUGGCAGCGAAGCUCUGUUUGUCUUUAAACGCUCACUGAGCCAGGCAAACUUUUGUGUACUUGGGGAGGGGAGGGAGGAACUGGGAUAGUCAAAGUCCAUAAUGUAGUUCUAUGUCAUUGUCUCGGCAGUCCAGAAUGAUCGCAUCCGAUCGGGGCAUUAUCUUUUUUUUUUUUUUUUUUAAACAGUAGAAGAUCUUUGACUUGCUGAACCCAUCAACAAGAAUUAAUAAUGUUUCUUUUAUAUCGAUUAUCUUGUCUUUCUCCUCCUCGCGGGGUUCAAAGUUGCUCGCUGGGUUGACAAAACGAGCUAUUCCUUGCAAACUUUGUCCUUCGCGAGUGUCUCUUUCAACUUUCUUUUUUUUUUUUUUUUUUUAAACCCUGGAAAAGAAAGAAAGGCGAGUUUAGCCAAAGAAUGCGGAAAUCGUUAGCUGCUUAGCGGCCAACCAUGUCGACUGGCUCGGACGACCACGUCGCCUUCCCCCCGGCACCGGCUAGUGGACCGAACGACGAGCUGAAGAAGUUGCUUCUUUUUAAAGCCUACAAGAGGAGGUGGUUGCUGCUGCUGGUGGUCUGCCUGCUCAACUGCUCCAAUGCCACGCUAUGGCUGAGCUUUGCACCUGUGGCGGACCAGUCCGCCCAGUACCUGAAGGCCACCUUAGGGGAAAUCAACUGGCUGUCGGUGGUCUACAUGGUGGUGUCCAUUCCGCUCAGCGUGGUGUCCACCUGGAUGCUGGACACCAUCGGGCUGCGCAUCACGCUGAUCCUGGGCUCGUGGCUGAACAUGUUCGGCGCCGUCGUCCGCAUCAUGGGCGUGCCGGGCCAGUAUUUACGCAUCGACUACGCCACGGUGAUGGUGGGCCAGACGAUCUCGGCGGUGGCGCAGCCGCUCGUCAUCUUCACGCCCACCAAGAUGGCGGCGCUGUGGUUUCCGGACCACCAGCGGGCCACGGCCAACAUGAUGGCCUCCAUGGCCAACCCGCUGGGCAUCCUGUUAGCCAACGUGGUGUCGCCGGCCGUCGCGCGCACGCCCGAUCGCAUCCCCGUGCUGAUGUUGGUCUACUCCAUCCCCACCUGCCUCAUCUGUUUCCUGGCGACAGUUUUCAUACGCAGCAGCGCCCCGCCCACGCCGCCGUCGGCCAGCGCCGAACACUCCACCUCCGAACCUUUCUUACAGGGCGUCAAACUGCUGCUGAAGAACCGCGCGUACUUGGUGCUGCUGGUGUGCUUCGGCUCCGGCGUGGGCGUGUUCACGUGCUUCUCCACGCUGCUGGACCAGAUCCUGUGCGUGCAGGGCUACACUAACGACUUCGCGGGCCUGUGCGCCGCCCUCUUCAUCGUGUUCGGCAUCGGCGGCGCCGCCCUGCUGGGCCGCUACGUGGACAAAACCAAACGCUUCACGGAGGCCGUCAAGAUCAACAUGGCCUUCUCCGCCUUGGCCGGUAUCGCCUUCUCCGUGGUGUGUCUGACGCAGCGGCAGAACGUUGCUGUGGCGGUCGCGUGCUCGCUCUUCGGCUUCUUCGGGUUUUCCAUCUUCCCGGUGGUCAUGGAGCUGUCCGUGGAAUGCUCCUACCCUGUGGGAGAGGCCACCUCGGCCGGACUCAUCUUCAUAUCGGGACAAAUCCUGUCCAUCGUCUACAUCGUCCUGCUCCAGUCGUUAGCCACGCCCGUCGCCGAGUCGCCGCGCUCCACUUGCGGGCUCGCCCCUCAAAGCUGGAAGGUGUCCAUGAUGGUGCUGGCAACGCUGACCGCCGCCUUCACCUGCGUCUUCAUCGUGGCCUUCCGCACGCGCUACAAACGCCUGGAGGCCGAAGAGGACGCCACCUACGGGCGCAAACGGGACAACGCCUGCGGCGACCCCGCGCUGGCCAGUGUGGACUCGUGAUCCGAACCGAUGGAACAACCAAGAAAACAACUUUUUAAUAACCACUUAAUGUUGAGAUAUUAAUGGUGCAUGCACACACACUCUUAGAAGCCAGUUUGAGGGAAAUUGCCAAAUGACCAAAAGUUAUGUAAUUUGCACUUUUUAAAAAAAGGUUUUAAUUCUAUGUAAAUAUUACAUCAUUGAAAGUUGAUCCGAUCUGAAAUCAGGCAUUAUUUUUCAUUAAUUUUUUAGUCUUGUUUUGUAAGAUUCUGAACAAUGGAUUGUUUUUUUUUUAAAAAACAUUUUAAAUAAAAAAUAAUGACAUUUAAGUUUUGUAUUUAAAAGAAAAAAAUCCAAUCAAUCUCUUUUGAGCAUUCUACAAAAUGCAAAUUUUUUUAGGGUUUUAAAUUCAACAAAUUUUGUAUCUAUCAAAAGAUAGAACCUAAAAUAAAAUUGGAAUGAAAUAAAAGUCAACCCACACA